CCCACCUGCGUGGCGACUGCACAGACGCACAAAUUCCAUCUGGAGGAACAAUUCCUGAUACUACAAAGUAGGCAGGACAACGCAAAGUUAAGAAAGCAGAGGAGGAGAAACACAAGAUGGUGUCUCAACAGGACAUACAGAAACUACCCAUCGAUAUCCACUACAACAAGCUGCUGGAUUGGCUUGUGGAUAGGAGGCACUGUAACCGACAGUGGCAGGCAGCAGCCCUGGUGGUGCGAGAGAAAAUCAACGCCGCCAUACAGGACAUGCCGGAAGUGCAGGAGAUCACACAACUGCUACAGGGAACGUAUAUAAACUACUUCCACUGCAUACGGAUAGUAGAACUACUGAAGGUUUCAGAGGCAAACACCAAAGAUAUAUUUGGUCGGUAUUCCUCUCAACGGAUGAAGGACUGGCAAGAGGUGGUCAGACUAUAUGAGAAAGACAAUGUCAAUCUUGCUGAAGGAGCUCAAUUGUUGACAAGGAACGUGAACUACGAGAUCCCAGCAGUGAAGAGACAAAUAGCAAAGUGCAAGCAGACACAGGAGGAGUGUGUGAAAAAGGAGGCAGACUUCACCAGCCAAGCCAGAAUAGAAAGAGAAGGUUUCAAGGCAUCAUGCAAGGAACUUGGCAUUGUGGGUAAGAACAUCCGUUCCGAGCUGCUGGCAUUGUUAAAACAACUCCCAGGGAUCCACCAGAAGCUUGCAGAGGAGACCAAGUCCCUGCAGCCUGCUAUAGACUUCUACACAGCUUUUGUACAGUUCCUGUUGUCCAGCUCUGGAGAUGAUGCUAAGGCUGAUGUUUCCAUGGUAUCCAUGCUGAGGUACCUGACGUCACACGGGAACACGACCGUGUACCAGUGGAGGACAGGGGAGGUGCCCACAGUCGUGGUGGAGCCUGGUCUGCCCGGGGGAGGGGAGCCUGCAGCUACGGAGGAGCCACAGAUAACCUGGGAGGACUCAGGAGAUGCCGCAGGCGGGGACGGGGAGAUCAGCUGGGGGGAUGAGGGUGCGGAGGGGCAGGAGGAGGAGGGUGGGGAGAUUGACUGGGGAGGAAUGGACACAGGGGGAGCAGAGGAUGGUGGGAUAGACUGGGGAGGAGACGGCGAGCUGGACAUCACAGUGGAAGGCAGCGGGGCUGAUCAGUCACAGAACGGUGCAGGUGCAGUGGCAGACAGCCGAGUUGCCAUGGGAACAGAUGCCCUGUCCCUGUUUGACCACAAAGAGACAAGAGACCAGGUCAUAAAUGAACUACGGGAGCUCUCGGGUUUCCUGGCCCAGCGGUUGGUGGAGAUGGAGGGAGAGAACAACGUGGUGGCCGAGACGAUCUUCCAGUCGGCGCCGCAGGAGCUGCAGAUGCGCUCCGUGGAGGAGAUUACGGACAUGCUCGCCCCUGUAGACACCAUCCUGGCCCAGCUCACCAACAACCGCAUGAGGCAGCUCUACAUGCUCAAGGCCUCUCCCAAGUACGUAGACAGACUGACCGCCAACCUUCAGCAGAAGCUGGACCAGGCCGACAAGAUGCUCGCCAGGAAGCGCAUUAUGAUCGAAAAGAGACAGGGGGCGCUGCAGGACCAGAGGCAGACGGAGCCCAAACUGCAGGUCAUCAUCAAGAAGACCAAAGAGCUGAAGAAACAGAUGGAGGGAGAAAUAUCCAAGCGGUACAGCGACAGACCAGUUAAUAUCAUGGGGGAGAUCAACCUGCUCUGAGUCCAGCCUCAACAGGAACCAGCAGUAUUCCCAACCUCUGGUCUGACACAACAUUGAGAAUUUACAGUGUCAGCUAUGUG